GUGGCAUCUGGGAGGGCAGCCUCCCUCCCCAGUCCAUUGCUGGGUGUUGAAGCUGACUGUGCCUCUCCAUCACCUGACCCUCACCAGAGCCAGACCGUCCGAAGCGCUCUUCCUUGGCUCGCCUUGGGGGAAUAAGGUGAAUACUUUGGGCGUUAGUGUCCAAGAGCGCCGCUCAUUGAAGAACGAAAAGGAAGACGAAGACCUGUGGACCACUUCCAAAGGGAGACGAGAGUUGCUCGGCCGCUGUCUGCUUUCACAGCUGUCUUCCCAUCACGGCAUCGACCCUCACCACACAACGGGAGCCUCAUCUGGUUGGAAGUAGACUUUGUCCCCGCAAAGGAGAAAAGACACUGAUCCCACAUCACCAGCUGCCUCCGUCCGACUCCGACAACAGCGAUCACCAUGGCGACCACGGGUAUGCAGCUGCUCGGCCUGAUCAUGGCCAUCGUGGGCUGGGUGUGCGGGGCGAUCGUGUGCACCAUGCCGCUGUGGCGCGUCACCGCCUUCAUCGGGAACAACAUAGUGACAGCUCAGAUCAUCUGGGAGGGCCUCUGGAUGACCUGCAUCGUGCAGAGCACUGGGCAGAUCCAGUGCAAGGUGUACGACAGCAUGCUCGCCUUGCCCAGCGACAUGCAGGCGGCGCGCGGCCUCACGGUCCUCUCCAUCAUGCUUUGCGGCGUGGCGCUCUCCCUGGGCGUGGUGGGCGUCAAGUGCACCAAGUGCGUCGGCGUCAACAGCCUCAAGGCCCGCAUCGCCCGCAUCUCCGGCAUCAUGUUCGCCAUUGCGGGCUUCCUGUACCUGGUGCCCAUCUGCUGGACGGCCCACUCCAUCAUCAGGGAUUUCUACGACCCGCACGUGGCGGCGCCGCACAAGCGAGAGCUCGGCCCAGCGCUGUACAUUGGCUGGGGGGCGUCCGCUCUGCUGCUCAUCGGGGGUUCUCUGCUCUACGCCGGGUCGAGUCCCCCGGGCAUGCCCGGCUCGCCCACCUUCAGCAGUGGGGAGAGCAGCCCCCGCAGAGGCCCUGCCUCACAGGUUAAAGGCUACGUCUAAACUCUGUUAAUAUCACCCCUUCUCUCUCUCUCUCUCUCUCUCUCUCUCUCUCUCUCUCUCUCUCUCUCUCUCUCUCUCUCUCUCUCUUUCUCUUUCUCUCUCUCUCUCUCUCUCUCUCUCUCUCUCUCUCUCUCUCUCUCUCUCUCUCUCUCUCACAACCAAUGAUAAACCUUCCUUACCACCUUGAUAUCUCUUCUUUUAAUGCUACGAUAUUUAAUGUUACUCCAUUUUUUUUGUUUAAGUUAUUUUAAAAUGCCAUUUCAAUGUUAU